GAUAAGUUGAAGAAACAUGGCGACGUCUAAUUUGUUAAAGAACAAAGGGUCCCUGCAGUUUGAGGACAAGUGGGAUCUGAUGCGGCCCAUCGUUCUCAAGCUGCUGAGACAGGAGGCCGUCACCAAGCAACAGUGGUUCGACUUGUUCUCAGAUGUCCAUGCUGUUUGUUUAUGGGAUGAUAAAGGACCUGCAAAAAUCCAUCAAGCCCUAAAAGAGGAUAUCUUAGAUUUUAUCAAACAAGCACAGAAUCGUGUGCUGAGCCACCAGGACGACACAGCGCUGCUCAAGGCCUACAUUGUAGAGUGGAGGAAGUUCUUCACCCAGUGCGACAUCCUGCCGAAACCCUUCUGUCAGCUGGAGAUCACGCUGAUGGGCAAACAGGGCAGCAACAAGAAAACAAACAUGGAGGACAGCAUCGUUCGCAAGCUGAUGCUUGACACGUGGAACGAGUCGAUCUUUUCCAACAUUAAGAGUCGCCUUCAGGACAGCGCCAUGAAGCUGGUGCAUGCAGAGCGGCAGGGGGAGGCUUUCGAUUCCCAGCUCGUCAUAGGUGUACGAGAGUCUUAUGUGAACCUGUGUUCCAACCCAGAGGACAAGUUGCAGAUCUACAGAGAUAACUUUGAGAAAGCAUACCUCGACUCCACGGAGAGGUUUUACAGAACACAAGCACCGUCCUACCUGCAGCAGAACGGCGUCCAGAACUACAUGAAAUAUGCAGACACAAAGCUGAGAGAAGAGGAGAAGAGAGCACUUAGAUAUUUAGAGACACGUCGUGAAUGUAACUCUGUUCAAGCACUUAUGGAGUGUUGUGUAAAUGCUCUGGUAACCUCUUUCAAAGAGACGAUCCUCGCUGAAUGUCCCGGGAUGAUCAAACGAAAUGAAACAGACAGGCUGCACCUCAUGUUUUCUUUAAUGGACAAAGUUCCCAGCGGGAUCGAGCCGAUGCUGAAAGACCUGGAAGAACAUAUUCUCAAUGCUGGACUAGCAGACAUGGUGGCUGCUGCUGAGACUAUCACUACUGACUCCGAGAAGUACGUGGAGCAGUUGUUAACUUUGUUUAACCGCUUCAGUAAGCUUGUAAAGGAGGCCUUUCAGGACGACCCUCGCUUCCUCACAGCAAGAGAUAAGGCCUAUAAAACUGUUGUCAACGACGCCACAAUCUUUAAACUGGAGCUACCUUUGAAACAGAAAGGUGUGGGUAUGAAAACCCAGCCUGAGUCAAAGUGUCCUGAGCUGCUAGCAAACUACUGUGAUAUGCUGCUGAGAAAAACUCCUCUAAGCAAGAAACUCACCUCCGAAGAAAUCGAGCUAAAACUCAAAGAAGUGCUCUUGGUGUUGAAGUACGUCCAGAAUAAAGAUGUGUUCAUGCGUUACCACAAAGCUCACCUGACCAGACGUCUGAUUCUGGACAUAUCUGCAGACAGCGAGAUUGAAGAGAACAUGGUGGAGUGGCUGAGGGAAGUAGGAAUGCCUGCAGAUUAUGUGAACAAGCUGGCCAGGAUGUUUCAGGACAUCAAGGUCUCAGAGGACCUCAAUCAGGUCUUUAAGGAGGUCCACAAACACAACAGGCUGGCCCUGCCAGCGGACAGUGUGAACAUUAAGAUCCUGAAUGCCGGUGCUUGGUCAAGAAGCAGUGAGAAAGUUUUUGUCUCUCUCCCCACCGAGCUGGAGGAUCUGAUCCCUGAGGUGGAAGACUUCUACAAGAGAAAUCACAGCGGUCGCAAACUCCACUGGCAUCACCUCAUGUCCAAUGGCAUUAUCACCUUUAAAAACGAGGUUGGACAGUACGACCUGGAGGUGACGACGUUCCAGCUGGCGGUGUUGUUCGCCUGGAACCAGCGACCCAGAGAGAGAAUAACCUUUGAGAACCUGAAACUAGCCACAGAGCUGCCAGACGCAGAGCUACGCCGAACACUUUGGUCUCUGGUUGCCUUCCAGCUGAAGAGACAGGUGUUGUCUUAUGACCCUUCAGUUAGCUCCCCCAAAGACUUCACAGACAGCACGCUCUUCUAUGUCAACCAGGAGUUCUCACUCAUAAAAAACUCCAAGGUCCAGAAGCGAGGAAAGAUCAAUCUGAUUGGUCGACUGCAACUGACCACAGAGCGGAUGAGAGAGGAGGAGAACGAAGGAAUCGUUCAGCUUAGAAUACUCAGAACUCAGGAGGCUAUCAUUCAAAUCAUGAAGAUGAGGAAGAGGAUUAGUAAUGCACAGCUGCAGACAGAGCUGGUGGAGAUCCUGAAGAACAUGUUUCUGCCUCAGAAGAAGAUGAUCAAGGAGCAGAUCGAGUGGCUUAUCGAACAUAAGUACAUAAAGAGGGACGAGACUGACAUCAACACCUUCAUCUACAUGGCCUAGGCAAGCAGGGAGGGAGGGAGCGCUUUCUUGCUCUGUUUUUUUACUCCUGGCCCCGAGACCAGCGCUUUAAUUAAAAAACCUCUAAAGGGACAGGGAGGACGAACAAGAGGAUGUGUUUGAGGCAAACGAUGGUGAUGAUACAAAAGGGAGUGAGAAGGAGCUUCUCCAGCAGAGGUUUGGAUAGUGUUUUGAGUGUUUGUGAGACACACCUUUAGUUAUCAGAGUGUCUUUUCAAAGCGUAGAUUUUGAGUCAUCGGAGUGUCUGUUUGUCUCUGCUGCUGUCUCGUGUCAAUCAGAGGAAAGGGACUGCAGAGUGUGCCGCUCAGAAGAGAAAAAUCAUAGUGACGUAAUUCAAUUAAAUACUUCCUGCCUUACUUUCAUCAGCAACAGACUGCAAAAGAGGAGAAGGAGUAUUGAGGAUGGAAAAGGAGGACAAAUGUUACAAGUAGAUAUCAAACCUUUGCUUUCACUAAAUGCCACAUCUGCCAUCUUAACAGCAGCCAUUUUGCAACCCUUCUACUUUACAUCGGUCUUGUUUAUGAACUGGGAAUGCAAAAAAAUCUGCAAGCGAGAGUUGCCAUUCAGGAGGCGAGGACAUGGACGGAGAGAAUACUACCGAGGAGUAUUUUGCCAAAUUGUGUGUUUGUAUAUGUGUGAUUAAAGGUGUGAGUGUGUGUGGAUGCAUGAUGUGCAUCUAGUCUUUUAGAUGUGUGUGUGUGUGUGUGUGUAUGUGUGUGUGUGUGUAUGUGUGCACAAAAGCAUGCUGCUUCAUGAUUUUUGUUUGUUUUUUGUUCAUUGGAUGAUCUGUCACACUUUGUUGUUGUUGUCUAUGAAUGAUGGGAGAUUCAGACCAGCCGUCAUUUAAAUCCUGUUAUUUAAUGUUUUUUCUUUAAUCCCCUGUGGAAGGUUUCAGUUUGUCAACAGGUCGUGUGCGUGUGCGUGUGUGUGGGGGUAAUCAUCAUCAUUCUGUGAACUAUUUAUUUUGUGUGUAAAGACCAGUGCUAUAAUUAAAAACCUGUUGAAUCCUUUAAAGGGGGAAACAUCUAGAGUUGUGACCUACAGGUAUGCCAGAAAAGGAAAAAAACAAACAUCACUGAAUUUUCACCUCAAUAACCCACCAAGACAAUUCUUCUAUGAAACCUAAACUACAGAUAUCAUUUUCAUUGACAUUUAAACGGAACGAGCUGCUGUUUUUCUCUGACUUUCUCCCAGAGGAUAACGCUUUCAGAGCUUUUGUAGAGAUGAUGGAGCCCUCGUGCCCUCAUCUCAACCGUUCUGCCUAAACUCGCAUAUCCAACAGACACCGCACUCUUCAACAGAAAUCUUUCUCAGAGUGACUGUGUUGACGCAAAGCAAGGCAUGAGGUGGGAGGUGCUUGGUGACAUAUUGGUGGAGGUUUUAUUGUUUUGAUGAUGAUAGCUAUUUGAAUGUCCUCUUUGGUUGUUAUUAUCAGUCGUAGUAAAAACGAUUUUUUUUAUUUUUUUAUUAUUAUUUUAUUUUUAUUGUAAAGGAGGACAGUGGAUAGGGUCGGAGACAGGAUGAAGAGUUUUGUGGAGCUAAAUAUCUGAAACUCCAACAUUAAGCUGAAGCUGCUGUGAUCCUGCUGUAGUCUGAUAACCGUUGACUAGCUGGAUCUUGGGUGUAGGGUCUUGGCCAUCAGGUGAAAACUGGGGCUCCGUGUCCUGUUCAAAGACACUUUGACAAAAGAACACGAGGAUUAACUCUGCAGAUAACAGUCCAGCUGAUCAGGGUCACAUGGAUCAGUAGCUGCUUCUGAUUACAGAUCUUUUUUUUCAGACUUCAGAUAUUUUGCACAAGUUGAUCUUUGAUUGCUUCCUGUGUGGGAGAAACUGUUGCUUAGUAUCAUGUGGGAAAGAGAGAGUGUUAACUUAUUAUGCACAAAUCAGUAUAUGUGUCAAUGAACAAGUAAAAAGAUUGCAGCACAGAAAUACCAAAGAUGAAUUUGGAAGUAAUUCACAAAAAUAAAAACCUGUUCCAAUUCCAACAGAGAGCACAAAAAGAUCACUUUUUCAAUUGUGAAAUAAUCAGUUUAGUACUCUUCUCUAAAUCAUUCGGGGGUAAAAUAACGCUGAGAUGGCUUACUCAUACGGCUGAAGAGGGGUGUUAACUGAUGGUAAAGGUUGGAUUGAGGACUGUUGAUUUUGUAGUCCAAUGUGGAGAAGAGGAUCGACUACUGGGACUGAGGAAGCUUGUUACAUACUUUUAAGAUGAUCAAAUAAAACCCCCAAAUAUACCAUUAGUGUUAUUUCAAAAUGUCUUAAAAAAUGUCUGAAAGGUGGAACCAUGGAAAACAUCCUGAAAACUCACUAUGGGACAAAUCACUUCUUGACAGGGUGUGCAAAACUGUAGAAAAUGAUGACGCUGCCUUUUUUGUUUCUAUAUGUUUCCCACAGCUUUAAUUCUUCUGAUCCUUAUUAUCGGUCGACUCUAAAUUCUCCAGUGUGGCCAAGUACGUGUUUUUUUUAAAUGCAGUUAUAAGGAAGUUGACAAGUGGUGUUGGAGUGAGUCCUCCAGUGGGCUGAGUUAAGGCCUAAAGUCAUAUCAGUAUUGGCCUGAGUGAGAAUUCAGAGUGUUUGGCUGUUCUACUUUUAAUGAAUAAAAAACAUUAUCAGAUGCUCUUAAAGAGGGCACAACAAAAACACUGUAUGGUAAAAAACGAGUGCACCUCCUUCCCCUUAUUAUUGAUUUAUUUCCCUUUUAGACCAAAAGGCACUGCUGUUAUAUUAAAUGUGAGACGACUUGUUCAUCCCUUACUUUAGAUAUCAUGUUGAACUGACCAUGAAAUCCAGUGAUCAGUGAGGACAGAACAGUGAAUGUGUGGGAUUGAUUGAUUUUCCAUAUUUAUUCUAUAUUUAUGAAGAAUUUUACUUUGUCAGUUUAAAUGUUUCUUUUUUCAUAUUUUUUCGAUUUGGCUAAAUGUUUUCCUCGUGUACACUGAUAGAGCUGACAGUAUUUAUUUAAUGCAACUCUCCUCUGUUUUAGUUGUCAGAAAAAAAAGAAGAAAGAUUCUAGACAAACCUGCAGUUUGUCAGAGUGGUUCAAAAGAUUUUCACUUUCUGUGAGUAUACUGUAAGACAUGGAUUGGCAAUAAUCUGAUUUACAUUGAACGCAUCAACUCUUUUCUGAAUGCAGGGACAUUUAAAAAAAAAAAAAAAAAGUCUGCCUUGUUAUAAAAAAAAUGAAACAAACUCCUCAUGUCCGUCAUAUUAUGCAGUUAAAUUCUUUAUGCUCGAGUUAAGAUUUUGACUUUUUUCUUCAGUAAAACUCUUUUUAUUUGGGUCUGAGUCAACACUACAGCUUUCAGCCAGAGCUGUAUCCACAGAAAAACAGAAAAUUAUGUUAACAAUUUCUAAUACUCACAACAUACAUUACAUAGGUUACUUCCUUAAUAACAUUUUUUAAAUAUAAACAAUAUGUUAAUUCCUUUUAUAAUUUUUGUUUUAAUUCAAUCAUUCAAGCGUUGACUGUGUGUUUUUUUUGAUCAAUAAUCAGAAUGAGCUUGUGAAACUGAUUUGUGAGUAUUUUCUGACCUGUGGAUGGUAGUGUACGACUUGCCAUUGCUUUGUUUUUCUCAUUUUAACCCCAAUUCCCUGCCCAUCAGCCUGGCCUACACGGGGUGGGGGGGCAGACCUACCUGUAGCCUUGCAUAAAUACAAAACUUGAAGUUAACACCAUCAGUGACAGUCUAAACUAGCUGAAUGUUUGCAACAACAAGAAAAAAAACAUCAAACUUUGUGUUGUUGGAGUGGAAGGAUGGUGGUUUGACCACUUUCAUGUGCUGCAUUGUUUUUCUUGUUUCAAAUGUUUUAAAAAGUUGACUUGUUUAUUUCCCUGCAAAAUAAAGACAACUGUUAUGACA